UAAAAUACGCAACAAUCAAAAGAUGGUAAGAACGCCAUGUUGCUCAUAUGUAGGAAUGAAAAGGGGGCCUUGGACCCCAGAAGAAGAUCUUCGCUUGACAAAUUAUAUCCAAAUUCAUGGAGUAGGGAAUUGGCGAACUCUUCCUAUGAAAGCAGGCUUGCUGCGUUGUGGAAAGGGGUGCAGGCUGCGCUGGAUGAAUUAUCUUCGUCCUGAUGUCAAGCGUGGUCAUAUCUCACCAGAUGAAGAAGAAAUGAUAAUAAGACUUCACAAGUUGGUUGGCAAUAGGUGGUCGUUGAUAGCAGGUCGCAUCCCAGGUAGAACUGACAAUGAAAUUAAAAAUUACUGGAACACUCAUCUGAGAAAGAGGUUUGCUCCGAGCAAAACGGAGCCUGCUCAUAAAGAGCAAAACUUUCAACACAAAAAUGGUUCUGCAGCCUCUCGCAUUAAUGAUAUAGCCAGGACUCUCUUGCCAACCGAUGAAGAUUAUAAUGGAAAAGAAUACGGUUCUCAAGAGGAAGUAGAACCCAUUCAGAAUUUCGAGCAGAAAUGUAAUGUUUCUGAUGCUCAGACCGCCAUUAAUGAUUUCAGCUAUGUCCUCAACAAUGCGCGUAGUGCGCCAUGGCCUUACGGGAACCAGCAGUCUUCAUCAAUGGCGAUGCCAUGUAACUUUGGAGCGCCAUUCAAUUCUGUAACAGCCACUUCAGCAGGUAAUGUAAACAUAACAGACAUGUUCCUCACACGGUACAUAAACUAUGUUGAGAAUCUAGCAGGGGGUGAAAGCAAUAUGCAAUUAUACAGCCCAAUGCUAACAGCAGAGUACAGCACUCAAUUUCCUUCAUGUGGAAAUGAAAUUAAUGAUGCUCCCACAGUUGAUUAUCUUAACAUGACGGGAGUAAUGAGUGGGAAAGGUAUGAUUGUUAAUUCAAAUACAGCACAGUUUUGGGAGUCCUCCUCUGCUUUGUCUGAUUGGUACUACCCACUGAAUGGUUCUUCUUUUAAUGUUGAAGACUACUGCUAAUAGAUUCAGAAUACCCUAAAGUUUCUCAAAUUUUGUGGGACUGAUUGUACGUGACGGUGU